AUGCCACCAGCAAGGAGAGAUCCUCGGUACAGUGCGCAGGAUGUAACUGCCAUCGUCCAAAACGGAGAGAGUGAUGUGGACAUGGAUUUCGACGACACUGAUGCAAGUGACGAAGAAUCAGAUAGCGAUGCCUGUGUGGACAAAGAAAACCAAGAACCUACUGACUGCCCAGCCAAUGUGGACAUUGAGCCCCAAUCAAGCAAACACAUCAUGCCCUGUGACAGAUAUCGCUGGCAAAAAAAAGAUUUUAUCAGUCCCAAUACUGAUUUUUCUGGUCCAGCUCUCACAGAUGAUGUCACCUCCCUCCACACACCACUGCAAUACUUCCAAAAGUUUGUGUCAGAAGACAUGGUUCAAGCUCUGGCAACAAAUACGAAUGAGUACAGCAUUCAAAAUCACGGAAGAUCGGUUAACACUAAUGCAAAAGAAAUACAGACAGCGUUGGGCAUGUACCUGAGGAUGGGCCUGGUACAAAUGCCUGGAACCCGUAUGUACUGGGAGACGGACACACGGCACCCACCUGUUGCUGAUGUGAUGUCACGCAACAGAUUCCAAUCGCUGUUGACAACAUUACAUUUUGCAAACAAUUUGACAGUGUCAGAGACUGAAAAGAGGGACAAACUCUGGAAACUCAAACCAUGGCUUGAUUCACUCAGAGAGAACUGCCUGCAGGUGGUACCAGAAGAGCACAAUUCUGUGGAUGAGAUGAUGAUACCUUUCAAGGGGAAGUUCAGCUGCAUCAAGCAGUAUAUGCGCGGCAAGCCACACCCAUGGGGGUUUAAAGUAUGGGUGAGAGCUGGAAUCCCUGGCAUGAUGCUUGACUUUGAUGUUUACCAAGGGAGCAAUAAUGGAGUACGAGUCAAAUCUGAACUUGGAUUGUCAGGUGAUGAAGAUGAGAAGAGCUUGAAGAAGAAGGGCAGAGGAAGCUUUGACCACAGAGUGGAGGGGAAACACAACAUCUGUGCUGUCAAAUGGUAUGACAACAGGGCCGUCACACUUGUGUCAUCCUUCGCUGGACCAGAACCUGUGCAGGAGAUUCAACGCUGGGACAAAGCCACCAAAACCUACAUUGACGUCAGAAGGCCUUACAUUGUGGGUACCUACAACAAAUUCAUGGGAGGUGUGGAUUUGUUGGACUCAUUUACAGCGAAAUACAAGUAUGCCCUGAAAUCCCGGCGGUGGUACAUGUACAUCUUCUGGCACACCAUCACCCUCGCUGUGGUCAACGCCUGGCUCCUCUACAGGCGGCACUGCCAAGCUCUCAAGAUGCCAAAGAAGGAGAUACUGAACAUGAGAAAGUUCCAGGCACAGCUAGCAUCCUCUCUCAUUCUGGUGGACACAACACUGAAAACUCCAAAGAGAGGACGACCAUCUUCAGGCAACGGGAGCCCAGACGCAGCAGGGAGCCCUUUGAAUGCUGGAAAGAGAGCAUCCUUAGGUGAUGGGAGUCCAAACGGUCCCUCUUCCAAAAAAUCAUGUGCACACCCCCCUCUGGAUGUGCGCAGGGACCUCACUGGACAUUUUCCACUGAAGACAAAGAGAGGACGCUGCAGACAUUGCAGUAAAGGGUAUACUAAUAAUCAAUGCAGCAAGUGUGAUGUCCGCCUCUGUUUUUCAGAGGACAAGAACUGCUUCUGGGACUAUCACUGUAAAUAA